UGGGGAGCUCAAGGAAGAGGGGAAAGCAAGCAGGAUCGUCGCUGAAAUGGCCACCAAACUCGUUGAUCUGGUGUAUUGGCGGAAGUUGAGGAGGACCGGUGUGGUGUUCACAGGUCUGGUGAUCAGUCUUGCCAGUCUGUUCCAGCUCAGUGCCAUCACCGUGAUCUCACACAUCUGUCUGGGUGUCAUGUCUGUCACCUUCACCCUCCGCCUCUACUAUAAACUGCUGGAGCUGCUGCGCUGGAACCCCGGGGUUCACCCCUUUGAGUCUUAUCUGAAUCAUGACAGCUCUCUGACAGACAAGGAGACAGUGAUGCUGGUGGAGGAGGUGGUCCUGCUGAUCGCCUUUGCCUUCACAGAAAUGAAACGGCUGAUUUUCAUCGAGAGCGUGAUCGACUCCAUAAAGUUCGUCCUGCUCCUGUAUCUACUGACUUAUGUUGGGGUCUUUACUAGUGGCCUGACUCUUCUGAUAACUGCCGUGAUCGUUGUUUUCUCCCUUCCUCUGUUGUACAAAAAGAACAAGAUGCGUUUAAGGAGGAUGGUAAGAGCAGCCAAAGCUUUUGUAAAGAAAAUCAAAGACCUUUUCCUCAGUCUGUAUCAUAAGGUGAGACCCUCUCCUCCUCCUGAACCUGCCCCCAAACCUGCACCUGCACCCGUAGCUGCACCGGCCCCCAGACAGAAAGCCAAGGCAAAGUAACUGGGUGGUCACGUGUUUGAAAGCACCCAUGAUAUGGGAUUCGGAAAAUGUUGGAAUGGUUACAUCAUCUGUGGGGCCACUUUGAGAGCCGGCUCAUGUCCAUUUCUCCACCAUGAUGUUUGUUAAUAGGAGCAAGAUAUAAUUGAUCCUGACAGCUGAAACAAAGCUGCCAUUCACUCACAAAGAAAGAGUGGAAGUGUAUGAGCAGAAGAUUUUAAUUUACUGAGAUGCUUUUUGUAUAGGCAAUGUUUAACUCAACCAGUUCACACUCAUGUACUCUAAGCAGCGGCAGAAUACCACGGUGUGUUUUUUCUUUGAUAACAGCUCUAGUUUUACAGGGAGCUCCAUGUUCCUCUUGAACUGCAGAAUUAUUCAUCAUGAACCACUGAAGCAUUAUUGCUGUUCUCAUUAUGUCUACGCAGCACCAUAAAUUGUAAGCUCGGUAGAAUAAAUCUGACAUGAACAUCAGCUGCUAUUAAUUAACAUUCAUGUUUGUUUUGCUUGCUGCGUUGGAUAUAUUUUCAAAAGCUUUUUAAAUAGCAACACCUUGCAACUUUUAGGAGAGUUUAAUGAGAAAUAAUGAGGACAUCGUCAUAUGCUGUUCAUGCUAAUUGCAUUUAAUCAGGUACAAACUGACCUGCUGAUGUUCCUGGAGCAGAUUAGUUAUUAAAGAUAUAAAGUGCGGGAACUAAACAAGUGAGGGCAACUUCAACUCAGCAGUAACUAAAUUAAAAUUGGACUGAUUAAUCACAAAACAGAAGCAUUUUUUAUGUAUUUGCAGUUAGGACAACUUUAUUUCUGCUCUCAUAUUUCACCUCCUGGUUAAAACUAGUUAUAGACACAGUGUUUCUGUCCACCUGAUGGAUAUAACUUAGAUAUUUACUACUUUUUCAGCUCAGGUUUGCUUUUUUGCCUUUAUUGACAACACACAAUGUCAGUAAACUCAUACUACAAGCCCAUAGAAAUGUUUAAAGUUGCAUCAGUUAACCAGUGAAAGCUAACUUAUUGGUGCUUCCAGCUGACAUAAAACAAUGCAGCAUAAAUUUGGAAUACGGUUUUCGUGCCAAUAAAUAUAAUAUAUAUUAUAAUACUUUAGCUAUCUUUUGUUCCCAGCCAAAACAGUGAAAUUGUGGUCAGUAAACCAAAGGAGUUAGCUGAAAGAGAAAUGCUCUGUAGGGCUAAUUGAAUUGGGUAAUACUUCUACAUGGCUUUGUAACUAUAAGCGAUUUUUGAUGUAAACAUAUUGAUUAUAGCUGCUUUAAGCUUGCCAAAAUGUCUUUUCUUUUUUUACUUUUUCAAAUACUCCUACAAGUCGUACAUCAACUUGAUUAGUGUUAUGUUGCCUACAUGAGUCUUAAAUUGUACAUAACUAUAACUAUGACGAGAUACUCCACCCUGUUUAGUUGCAUAGCAGUGUGAACCAGUUUACCCACUUUAACCUGCCUAAGGGGACAUUUCAUUAGAUAAAACCAUUUUUAACAUUUCAAAACACUUUAAAAGAGAGAAAGCGAUUUUCACAUUGUUAUUCAAUAGUUUAACAAGGGGUUCUGCAAGACCUGAUGAAAGCUGAUACACAAGUUAACAAUGCAUAGUUUCUGAUGACGGUUUGCCUUUCAUGUAUCUCCACAAAUGGCUCUUCAGUAGCUGUAAUGGGGCGCUGCAUUGUUCACUUGGGAACAGUCAAACCACACUCUUAUUGAUCAAUUGUCAUCAAAACUUAAAACAUCUUUAACUUUAACAUGUGAGAAAGAGAAUAAUGAUAUUUUAAUUUAUAUUCUGGGCGCAUUAUUCCUUUAUUUAUCCUUUACUCUGACAACUGUACGGUUUUAGCUAGCAGUGCCCUCUAGCGGUCGGGGUUUCAGCUCUUAACUCGCAGUCAUACUAACAUGUCUUAAUUAACUCAAGUUAUUUAGUUUCAUUAAACAAUAUCAACCCAUGUGGAAGAAGCCUUAAAUAGCACUGUGGUAGUUUAAGUAUUUAAUGAACAGAAUAAAAGGUUCAGUACACCUCAGCUGUUUAAAAACAAAACAAAGCAAGGUCAAAAUGUUCUAUAAGAAUUUCAUUUUUUUAAAGCUGUGAGCAGAGUUGGCUGUAACCGAAUCGCCACAGGGGUUAACCCACUCUGCGUUUUUGUUGACACUUUUAUCUCUUGUUAUAGAAUGAGUUAUUUCUAUAGGUACUUGAUAUUUUGUAUUGUUAUUUCCUAAUGUUAUGUUGCU